CGUGAGUGCAUUUCAAUCCACGUGGGGCAGGCCGGCGUCCAGAUCGGCAAUGCCUGCUGGGAACUGUACUGCCUUGAACACGGAAUUCAGCCUGACGGGCAAAUGCCAAGUGACAAAACCAUUGGUGGUGGGGAUGACUCGUUCAACACGUUCUUCAGCGAGACCGGGGCUGGCAAGCACGUGCCCAGAGCAGUGUUUGUGGACCUGGAGCCCACCGUGGUCGAUGAAGUGCGCACGGGGACCUACAGGCAGCUCUUCCACCCAGAGCAGCUGAUCACCGGGAAGGAAGAUGCGGCCAACAACUACGCCAGGGGCCAUUACACCAUCGGCAAGGAGAUUGUCGACCUGGUCCUGGACCGGAUCCGGAAGCUGGCGGAUCUGUGCACGGGGCUGCAGGGCUUCCUCAUCUUCCACAGCUUCGGGGGCGGCACCGGCUCUGGGUUUGCCUCUCUGCUGAUGGAGCGGCUCUCGGUGGACUACGGCAAGAAGUCCAAGCUGGAGUUCGCCAUUUACCCAGCCCCGCAGGUGUCCACGGCCGUGGUGGAGCCCUACAACUCCAUCCUGACCACCCACACGACCCUGGAACAUUCCGACUGUGCCUUCAUGGUGGACAACGAAGCCAUCUACGACAUAUGCCGGCGCAACCUGGACAUCGAGCGGCCCACCUACACCAACCUCAAUCGUCUGAUCGGGCAGAUCGUGUCCUCCAUCACGGCCUCCCUGCGCUUCGACGGGGCCCUGAACGUGGACUUGACGGAAUUCCAGACCAACCUGGUGCCGUACCCGCGCAUCCACUUCCCCCUGGCCACCUACGCCCCGGUCAUCUCGGCCGAGAAGGCCUACCACGAGCAGCUGUCCGUGGCCGAGAUCACCAACGCCUGCUUCGAGCCGGCCAACCAGAUGGUCAAGUGCGACCCUCGCCACGGCAAGUACAUGGCCUGCUGCAUGUUGUACCGCGGGGACGUGGUCCCGAAAGACGUCAACGCGGCCAUCGCCACCAUCAAGACCAAGCGCACCAUCCAGUUUGUGGAUUGGUGCCCGACGGGAUUUAAGGUGGGCAUCAACUACCAGCCCCCCACCGUUGUCCCCGGGGGAGACCUGGCCAAGGUGCAGAGGGCUGUGUGCAUGCUGAGCAACACCACCGCCAUCGCCGAGGCCUGGGCCCGCCUGGACCAUAAGUUCGAUCUCAUGUACGCAAAGCGGGCCUUUGUGCACUGGUACGUGGGGGAGGGCAUGGAGGAAGGGGAGUUCUCCGAGGCCCGGGAGGACCUGGCAGCUCUGGAGAAAGAUUAUGAAGAAGUGGGCGUGGAUUCCGUGGAAGCGGAGGCUGAAGAAGGGGAAGAAUACUGA